CAAUUCAUUGGAAUAGAUAUCUGUUUUUCUCUAAAAUACACCAUUGAAAAUAAUAAACGAUGUUCCACAAGUUCUAUUUCAUAUUUGUUUUAUUAUUUAUUCACAUCGAUUUUUGCACUUGUUAUCAAACCGAUGAAGGCACCGUGCAAAACAAUGAUCAGCUUAUAUUUGCACACAUUAUUUAUCGCCAUGGAAAUCGGUCACCAUUGAAAUCAUAUCUGAAUGAUCCAUAUAACAGCAAACUUUUUUGGCCAAAUGGUUUAAAUGGCCAGCUGACGCAGAAAGGGUUAAAAGCACACCUCGAGUUGGGCAAAUAUUUACGCAAACGAUACUACAAGCUGUUGGAUGAUGGCAAAUAUGAUGCAGAUAAAGUAUACAUUCGAUCGUCUGACUAUGAUCGAACCAUAUUGAGCGCAAAUGCAAAUUUACUCGGAUUCUUUCCAAUUGAAGAGCAUGAAGUAUGGACAGAUGAGCUUAGAUGGCGUCCAAUACCAAUACACACAGUCCCAAAGAAACUUGAUCAUAUUGUGUCAUCAGAGCGGCCUUGCGCUCGAUACAACAAAGCAUUCAAAGAAAUUUUCAAUUUGCCAGAGUAUUUAGCGUAUCGAAGUAAGGCCGAACGAUAUACCAAACUCAUAAUGGACAAUACGAAACCAAAAAACGUCACUGAGGAAUUUUCUGUAUGGGAGGCAUUAUACACCCAGUAUCUUGAAAACUUGACAUUACCAUCGUGGACUGAAGAUAUGAUGAAUUCAGAUAGUACAAUGAGCAUUUUCAUUAGACAUUUAUUCAAAAUGCUUACACACACGACCGAGAUGAAAAAAUUAAAAUCUGGCUUUCUAUUGAAAGAGAUGUUAGAACGAUUUGCGGAGAAAGCUGAAGCAAAACUAAGCCCAGAUCAUAGAUUGUACAUCUAUUCUGGUCACGAUAACACAAUUUCGAAUUUAUUAAAUGCCCUAAAUCUUUAUGAUUCUCACAUGCCACCCUAUGCAUCGUGUUUAUUUUUCGAAUUAUAUAAUUCUAACGAAGGUCGCAAAGAAAAUGUUUAUGUUCAAUUGUUUUACAAAAAUACGAGUGCGGAGGAUUUUCCGCCAUUAAACAUACCCGGCUGUGGAACAAAGUGUUCAUUAGAGGAAUUUCAUCGAUUAUUUCGAGAUGUUUUGCCAACUGAAGACUUUGAAACAGAAUGUAAACUACCAUCAGAGCCAAACUCUAUACAGAAAAUUGAACCAUUCCCUGCAAUUAUCUGUGCAAUCACAUUUGCUUUUUCAAUGCUAUUUGGUUGGAGGAGAUAAAAUCCAUUUGAUGCAAUUUAUGACUUGGAUUCUGAGUGCGCACUGUAAAAACGUGUAAAAACGAAGUUAAGCAAUUGAUGACGAGCUUUGAAAUGAUAAAAUUUAAAUGUUUUUUUUUGCAUCUCAAU